ACAAAAUGGCAGCAGAAUUUGACCCCAUCUGUGUUAGAGACUUUGAGCCGUAUUUAAAGCGAGGCGUGUCGACUUUCUGGAGUGACUAUUACAGCUAUGGGGCCGAUGAGGGCCAGACGAACCGAGAUAAUGUUCAGGCGUUUCUGAGGUAUCGCUUUCGACCUCGGUACUUCCGGGACGUAUCAACUCGUGUGACCAGAACGAACAUCCUGGGUCAUGACAUUGAGUUUCCGGUAGGGGUCAGUCCGACUGCUUUGCAUGGGGUCAUACAUAAAGAUGGAGAAAAGGCAACUGCUAGAGCCGCAGCAAGCGCAGGCACAGUGAUGAUCCUAAGUAUGUUUGCUAACACACUUCUUGAAGACGUUGCAGCAUCAGUUCCCGAAAAAGCCCUUCUCUUCAUGCAACUCAAUUUCUUAAAGGACAGAUCGAUCACUGAGCAUGUCGUCAAGAGGGCCAAUGCGUCCGGACGGUUCAAGGCAAUAGUAGUGACAAUUGAUCAGCGUUUUGUUAGUGUAAGUCUGGCAGGAGCUACCAGUUCAUCCGAUGUCAAAGAUGUCAAAGAACUGAAGCUACCGAACGUUUUUAACCUCAAGAGAUCUCGCUGGUAUCACAAUGAGAUGGUGAGCCCUGCUUUUACCGGUAAUGACGUCAGAUGGCUUCAGGGUGUGACGUCAUUACCUAUCAUUCUCAAAGGCAUACUCACAGCUGAGAGUGCCAAGAUGGCGGCAAGCCUCGGUGUAGCUGGUAUCUUAGUUUCUAAUCACGGAGGUCGGCAGUUGGAUGGCGUAGCUGCAACGAUAGAUUCUUUAUCGGAGGUGGUCGAGGCAGUAAAAGGUUCAAACAUUGAGGUUUAUCUCGAUGGUGGAGUCCGUAAAGGAACCGACGUACUCAAAGCAUUGGCCAUGGGGGCUAGAGCCGUCUUCAUCGGCAGGCCGGCACUCUGGGGUCUCGCUUACAAUGGCGAGGCAGGAGUAAGAAAGGUUCUGGAUAUCCUGAAAGACGAGUUCAGUUUGGCAAUGGGGCGGACUGGUUGUUCAUCAGUUGCUGAAAUCACACCAGAUUUGGUGAAGGCUUCCCCGUUGAGUAAUCUGUGACGUCAUUUUUUGUGCUUUCCAAAGCUCCUAGGAAAUCAUUGUUAUUGUUAUAAAAUAUUAAUUUCGUUUGCAAUUUGUUGGUUUAUGUAUCAUGAAUCAUUUAACAUUGUAGUACAUUUCGGGAACAUUUUGUUUUAUGGGACCUUGCAAAAUAGGAAAAAUAUUAUUGUAUAUAUUUUUCAUUGGUGGAUACUGUUGUACCAUGUUCUGCUAAUUUUAUUUUAAAAAUUGUAUGUGAUCGUUUAAA